AUGCCGAAUCCAAACAUUCCUGAAUCUUUUAAUAAAACAAAGGCCAUGAUUAAAGAUUUAGGCCUUGAUUAUAAAAAGAUUCAUGCAUUUCUAAAUGACUGCAUGCUAUAUUGGAAGGAGCACGAGAAUGACACUUUUUGUGAGAAGUGUAAAGUUUCAAGAUGGAAGGAAUUUGGUGAAGCACAUGGUGAGUUAGAGCAACAAAAGAAUGAGCAGAAAGUGCCUGCAAAAAUUUUAAGACACUUUCCAUUGAUCCCCAGACUUCAAAGGCUAUUUAUGUGCUCAAACACUGCAUAUUUAAUGAGAUGGCAUGAAGAAGAGCGCUCAAAAGAUGGAAAAAUGAGACACCCUGCUGAUGGUGAAGCUUGGAAAGACUUUGAUAAAUGCCAUGCUAAUUUUUCUAUUGAGCCUCGCAAUGUAAGACUUGGUCUAGCAAGUGAUGGCUUCAAUCCAUUUAAGACUAUGAGUAUAUCACAUAGUACAUGGCCAGUCAUGAUGGUGGUGUACAACUUUCCGCCAUGGCUAUGCAUGAAACCCGAAUACACAAUGUUGUCACUACUAAUUCCUGGACCACAAUCACCUGGAAAUGAUAUUGAUGUCUAUUUGCAACCACUAAUUGAGGAACUAAAGCAAUUAUGGGAAAUAGGUGUAGGAACAUAUGAUGCCUCAAGAGAUCAAAAAUUUCAAAUGCAUGCAGCUCUUUUGUGGACGAUUAGUGAUUAUCCUAGGUAUGCUAUGUUGUCAGGUUGGAGCACUAAAGGAAGGUUGGCAUGUUCAUGUUGCAAUUAUGACACUCAUUCGUCAUACUUGAGACACAGCCAUAAGAUGUGUUAUAUGAACCAUCGUGUGUUUUUACCAACAAGUCAUCCAUGGAGGUUGAAUAAGAAGUCAUUCAAUGGAAAGAAAGAACUUGGGUCUGCACCAACUGUGUUAGAAGGUACUGAUAUUGUAGAAAUCUUGAAGGAUUUUAACAAUGAUUUUGGAAAGUAUAGAAAAAAUAAGAAAGAUGGUCCAUGGAAGAAAAGAUCAAUAUUUUUUGAGUUGCCCUACUGGUCACAAAAUAAAUUACGUCAUAAUCUUGCUGUAAUGCAUAUUGAGAAAAACAUAUGUGAUAAUAUUAUUGGGACUCUUUUGGACAUUCAAGGCAAGACAAAAGAUCAUGUCAAUGCACGCUAUGAUUUACAAGACAUGGGAAUUAGAAAGAAUCUUCAUCCUUGGGAGCUUGAUGGAGGUCGUGUACAGUUUGCAAAAUCUUGUUUUUCAAUGAAUGCACAUGAAAAGUCAAUUUUUUGUGCUAUUUUAAAGUCCGCCAAAUUACCAGAUGGGAUUGCAUCAAAUAUUUCAAAGUGUGUGAAUGCUAGUGAAAAGAAAAUAAGUGGUUAUAAGAGUCAUGAUGCACAUUUCAUGCUACACUACUUGUUACAAGAUUUGGAUUACUUAGAAGCCAAUAUUGUAGAAAUACUUUGUCAAAUGGAGACGAUAUUUCCUCCUAGUUUUUUUGACAUAAUGGUUCACUUGCCUAUCCAUCUAGCAAAUGAAGUAAGAUUGGGUGGGCCAGUUCAAUUUCGGUGGAUGUAUCCGAUUGAGAGAUAUUUGUGCAGACUUAAAAGUUAUGUUCGAAACAAGGCUUAUCCUGAGGGUUCUAUUGCCGAGGGGUAUUUAGCAGAAGAAGCUUUGACACUUUGCUCAAGAUAUAUGCAUAAAGACGUAGAUACAAGAUUGAAUAGAAAAAGAAGAAAUUAUGAAGGUAAUGAUUUAUGUGAUGUAGAUGUUUGUGAUUACUUUUCAAAUAGAGGUAGUGCUUUGGGUGGUAAGAAAAAAGGUAAACUAUUCUCUUUGGAUUUGACAUCUAAGGAUCAAGCUCAUCGAUACUUCUUAUUCAACUGUGACGAAAUAAACAUAUACAUCAGAGAGUAUGAUGAGAUUUUAAAUAGGAAGACAAAAAGAAGAAAGUGGAUCAAAGCUAAAACCCAAAGUCAAGAGUUUAGUGAAUGGUUCAAAGAUAGAGCCAUGAGUGAGGAUGUAUCACUUCAACUUAAGGAAUUCUCUCGUGGUCCAAAUACUGUUGCAAGGAGGUUGUCAGGCUACCUCAUCAAUGGUUACAGAUUUCAUACUACAAAUAGAGAUGCUAGACGCAAAACUCAAAAUGCUGGUGUAACUUUGGUUUCAUUAACACCAAGUUAUGCAAGUUCCAAGGAUGAAAAUCCUAGGAUAGAACCCGUCACUUAUUAUGGGGCAAUCAAUGACAUAAUUGAGUUAGACUAUUAUGGGCAUUUCAAGUUUGUGAUGUUUAAGUGUGAUUGGUUUGAGAGUGAUGCAGACAAAUAUGAGCUUACAUGUGUUUAUUUCAACAAAAAAUGUUACCAAAAUGAUCCCUUUGUGUUGCCUUCUCAAGUCCACCAAUGCUUUUAUGUUGAAGAUCCUUUUGAAACAAGUAAACAUUAUGUUUUGAAGACGAUUCCAAGAGAUUUAUUUAAUAUGGGUGAUCACUCACAAGUAAAUAAUUCUGAUAAUGAUGAUGAAUUCAAUUGGGUUAGGGAAGACAUGCCUGUAACAGUAGCUGAGAAACCUUCUAAAGAUUUGGAGAAAGAUUAUUCUGAUGAUCUUGAUUUUGAUGAGACUUUGUUUGACUAUAUGGACUAA